CUGCAGUGAGUUCAGGGAGGGUCACGAUCACAGCGAAAGAGGAAGACAGGGGAGGGAAGAAGGUUUGUAGUUUGAAAAUGGAAACACAGGAAACACACGGUUCACACAUCGACGCCCGUCGUCCUCAGUGAAGCAGGAAACAUCAGAACCUCUGACAUGAACAAAGCCGAGAGCUGCCUGCUGCUCAUCCUCUCACUUCUGGCAGGUGGUGAGGGAAGGUGGAGAAGGCAGAACUGCACAGAUGGAUGGGCUGAAUUCACAUGCAACCAUUCAAAUGCUCAUGGAGAAAACAAAUCUACAGAAAUAAUAAGUGAACGCUCAAGGAGGGAAUCAUCUCCAGGCCAUGAUCCCAAAAACAAUUCUCUCACUGUGGUCAUCAAAUGUAAUAAGAGUGAUGGAACCAAGAACCAGCAACUGUUUGAACUCAGCAGCUGCCUGACAACGUUCACUCAGGCCUUGUACGAAGCAAAUAAAAACACCAUCACCUGUGACUUUCCUGUGAAUAAAUAUAAAAGCUGGUUCUUCUGUAAAGAGAGAGAUUCCAGAUGUGAAGAUAUUUUAUCCAAAGAACCUUCUCAGAGGUCAAAGAUGCAGUUCACCCACACUGACAGAGGCUUCAACGUGUCCUGGGUGGAUGCUGGCGUCUACUGGUGUGGACUGGGAGCCCAGCAGGGAAACCAGCCCGCAGCUCUGAGGAGAGUCCAAGUCCAAGUCCAAGAAAUCCGAAACUUCGAGAGAGUUGUGACUAUUGGACAGAACUUCUCAUAUUUCUGUAUAUACAAUAAAAAUUUCUCAACAAUAUUGAUCUGUAAAGGAGCCGAUCCACAGACCUGUGGACUUCUAGUGUCCACAGACUCCUCCACCAAUCACAGGUUUUCCUUGAAGAACACGGCUAAAACCUCCAAUAUCACUAUCACAGUGACAGGCGUCAGAGUGGAGGACGCUGGGACCUACUGGUGCGGAGGACGAAACCCAAACAGGACGGACAUGCGACUCUUCCACAGGUUCCAGAUGAAAGUGACACCACCCACCACUGCUGCUCCUCCUCCCAGUCACGGACACUCACAGAUCGUCAUCGUCAUCGUCAGCGUGUGCGUGGCCGUGAUGCUGCUGCUCUGCGUCUUCAACUUCAUCCUCUUCUACAAACGACUUUUACUUUUAAGAAGCUCAAAUAUUGGAUCAGAUGCAGAGCACGUGAUUGAGGACAACAUCUAUGAGGAGAUCCAGGACGUGAACAAGCCAAUAAUGACGAUUUACACCACUGCCAGCUUCGGCGCCGACCCGUCGGACUCGCAGUCUUACUCCUUAGUCAAGGUGGAUCAAGGCCCGGACGCGGAACCCAAACCCAGCGACUACUCCACCGUCAGCUUCACUCGGUGUCCGUCCUCGUCUUCUACUGAUGCUGAACCGUGGACGGAUCCUCCGGAACCAUCGGUCCAUUCACAGCAGGACGAGUGA